AUGGUGACUCCGAAACGGGUAAAAUUCGCUUCCCCAGUGAUGGCGAUGUCUCUGUCUCUGAAAUGGAGAAGCUUGACCCAAUGCAUGCAGCAGCAGCAGAAGAAGAAGAAGAGGAAGCGGAAGAGGAAGAGGAAGAGCAAACCGAUAGAGGAGCGCAGGACCGUUGGAGAAGAGAGCCGUGAAGACGAAUUGCAGACUGAGAAAGCGGAGGAGACGAUGAAUGUGGCUGAUGAGGAUGAGCCCUUAGACGAAAAUGGAGCUGAGCAGACAAAUGAGGGCAGGACCGGUGGAGAAGAGAGUCGUGAAGGUGAAGGUGAAGACGACGAUGAUGAUGAAAUGCAGACCGAGAAAGCCCAGGAGACUGUGAAUGCGGAUGAGCCCUUGAACGAGAAUGGAGCUGAGCAGAGAGAGGAGGGCAGGACCGUUGGAGAAGAGAGCGGUGAAGACUGUGAUGAUGAAGAAAUGCAGUAUGAGAAAGCGAUGACUGGAGAAGUGGGAAAGAAGAGGGUCGAUGCUGUGAUGAUUGAUAAAACCCCACUGGUCAUCAUUACCCCACAAGUAACACCAAUAGGAAAGGCAUCCUCUGAGAAUGGUUUGGGAAAUGAUUCAACUCCACACACGUUGCCUGAAGAUGAGAGUAGAAAAAGGAAAAGAGGAGAAAAACAAGACUCAGACCUGAAUGAAACUGCUCUGCCUUUUGAAAAGAAGAAGUCUCCGUAUUGGAAGACACUGGAGAGUCUCAAACCCAUACCUCACUUCAGUCCAUUGCUCGAAGCCAAAGACGAUGUCCGUGAGUGGGCAGCGGUUGGGAUGAUGGUGAGCUACUACGGUUUACUAGAGGAAGUCAAAGACCUGAAACCGAAUGAUUCCACAAGCACAUUCGACAGACUCUGUGUUUCCUUUGCCGAGCUAGAGAAGCAUGGCUUCGACGUUGCAGAGCCUCAGUCACGGAUCCGGAAGGUCAGAGAUUGGCCCUUGAACGAGAAUGACGAAAUGCAGGCUGAGAAAGCGGAAGAGACGUUGAAUGCGGAUGAGCAAGUCGUUAACGCAAAUGAGCCUGUACAUGAAAAUGGGGCUGAGAACAGAGAAUCGCUUCAUGAAGAGACGUUUCAGGCGGAUAAUGUGGAAGAGCCUGUAACCGGAAAUGGAGCUGAGCAGGAAACCGUGGGCAUGACUAUUGGAGAAGACGAUGAUGAGUUUUAG